UCCUGCGUAUUUCCCAGCACGACACCGGGGGACACACGCACGACCCGGAAGACCUUCCCGUCCCUCUCUUAAGCGGGCGUGAGGGGGGCCGAUGGCGGAGGGAGUGGCGGAGGCUGCAGCAGACAGUGGUAGCGGCGGCGACUCGGGAGCCGGCGCGCAGGAUUGUGGAGUGGCGCCCAUCAAACAUCAAUACCUCACCACCAAGGAGCAGUUCCACGAAUUUUUGGAAGCCAAAGGACAGAAGAAUCCCAGCUGGGAAACAGAGGCAGGAAACCCUGGUGACAUUGAUGCCGCUGAGCCUGAGGCCAAGCGGAUCCGACUGGAGGAUGGGCAGAAAGAGGACAAACAGAAGGAGGAGGCAGAGGAAGCCAGGGAGCAGCCGCAGGCUCAGAAGAGGGCCCGGGGCCAGAACAAGGCCCGGCCCCAUCUGAAGCCCACCCACUAUGACCAGAACAGGCUGUGCCCCUCCCUGGUCCAGGAGUCAGCUGCUAAGUGUCUCUUUGGUGACCGCUGCCGCUUCCUGCAUGACGUGGGCCGCUACCUGCAGACCAAGCCGCCUGACCUGGGCCCCCGCUGUGUGCUCUUUGAAACCUUCGGCAGGUGUCCCUAUGGUGUCACCUGCCGCUUUGCUGGAGCCCACCUAGGACCUGAGGGUCAGAACCUGGUGCGGGAAGACUUGGUCCAGGCCCCUCCCGUCCGCAAUAGCUUGGACAAGGCACUGCAGCAGCAGCUGCGAAAACGAAAGGUCUACUUUGAACGUGCUGAGCAGGCUCUGCGCCAGCUAAGCAAGAGUCAGCUGCCAGGCUCCACUCCUCCUGCCACUGUCCCCAAGGUCAUAGGGGCUGAGGGUGCCCCAGGGCAGCAGAACUGUGAUGCCCAGCAGGCCCCACUGGGGCAGGAUGCCAGUGGCCCUCCCAGCAGCCCCGUGCAGACCUGUGGGCCCCUGACUGAUGAGGACAUAAUCAGGCUACGGUCCUGUGAGAAGAAACGGCUGGACAUCAGUGGCAAACUGUACCUGGCGCCUCUCACCACGUGCGGGAACCUGCCCUUUCGGAGGAUCUGUAAGCGCUUUGGCGCCGACGUGACGUGUGGGGAGAUGGCCGUUUGCACCAACCUGCUGCAGGGGCAGACGUCUGAGUGGGCCCUGCUCAGACGCCACCAGUGUGAGGACAUCUUCGGCGUCCAGCUGGAAGGCGCCUUCCCUGACACCAUGACCAAGUGUGCCGAGCUGCUGAACCGCACCAUCGAGGUGGACUUCGUGGACAUCAACGUCGGCUGCCCCAUUGACCUCGUGUACAAGAAGGGCGGGGGCUGUGCCCUCAUGAACCGCUCGGCCAAGUUCCAGCAGAUCGUCCGCGGCAUGAACCAGGUGCUGGACGUGCCGCUGACCGUGAAGAUCCGCAUGGGCAUCCAGGAGCGCGUGCCUCUGGCGCACCGGCUGCUGCCUGAGCUACGGGACUGGGGGACCGCCCUGGUCACGCUCCACGGCCGCUCUCGGGAGCAGCGCUACACCAAGUUGGCCGACUGGCAGUACAUCAAGCGGUGUGUGACGGCGGCCAGCCCCAUGCCCCUGUUUGGAAAUGGCGACAUCCUAUCGUACGAGGAUGCCAACUGUGCCCUGCAGACCGGUGUCUCCGGAGUCAUGAUUGCCCGCGGUGCCCUGCUCAAGCCAUGGCUGUUCACAGAGAUCAAGGAGCAGCGGCACUGGGACAUCUCGUCGUCUGAACGCCUGGACAUCCUGCGGGACUUCACGCACUACGGCCUGGAGCACUGGGGCUCGGACACGCAGGGCGUGGAGAAGACCCGCCGUUUCCUUCUCGAGUGGCUCUCUUUCCUGUGCAGGUAUGUGCCCGUGGGCCUGCUGGAGCGGCUCCCGCAGAGGAUCAAUGAGCGGCCGCCCUACUACAUGGGCCGCGACUACCUGGAGACGCUCAUGGCCAGCCAGAAGGCGGCGGACUGGAUCCGCCUCAGCGAGAUGCUGCUGGGCCCUGUGCCGCCCAACUUCGUCUUCCUGCCGAAGCACAAGGCCAAUGCCUACAAGUAGUAGGGCGCGGGGUGGCGGUGGGGAGGCAUCUGAAGACCCAUUGGGUCUCUGUAG